UUUGCAUAUGGUGACAUGUACCAAAUAAUUCUAGGUCAAUUAACCCAACGAAGCUAUUGUUUGACUGAGCUAUUGUUCGAUUUGGUACAAGUGGAAAAUGACGUUGGACGUUGGAAUUAGCGGUUGCAAGUCUUAUAUGGGGGACGAUAAAACUUUUUUGACAAAACUGUCACGCACUGAUCUUAACAGCAUUGGUCGGUGACUGCUAUACUUAUCAUAAUCAGUAGUUUUACUAUCACAUGAAAUAUUAGAUUGAAUGGUAGGCGUGUGUGGAUGGGGCGCUGAACGGGAUCCGUUCUAAUACAUGAAUUUUUGUAAAAUCAUUGUUUGGAUCGCCGUGGGGUUAAGAUGUAUUUUUUAGGGGCAAUAUUAAUUAAUGACUGUUUCAAUGUUGAAUUUGUUUCUAUUGCAGUGCCAACGAGUCGCUCUCAAAAAUUCAAAAGUAUGAAUUACAAGGAGUUCGCCGAGUUUUUUAACCACUCGAGGGAGGCAACAGAUCUUUUGGGUACCAGUUCCCUAUUGAGAGAUCAGACGAUCGACCGCUUACAAACAAAUGGUGGCUACAGGGGGCCUGGUGACAAAAUGAGAAAUGGAAACGAGGAUGUCAAAGCGUUGCCGCCAACCACUCCUGGCACAAACGAAGCUUCUUAUCACAUGGACAAUCGACAGAAUGGACCUAACUCAUGGACUGUCUGUUCAAAAACAUUACACAGCUUGCUGGAGCAAUACCUCAACGAAAACGGUACAUUGUCAUCAUUCAGGCAAGUAUUCGAGAAAAACAGUUUGCAAGAGAAAAACCACGGAGACUACGGAGGGGAAGCCCAAGAUCACGUGACUUCUCACGAACCUCCUCCGCUUCUCCAUCGCCCCACUAAGCGAUCCUUGGAGCAAAGUCACGCGACUAUUAGGUCAGCAGAUCCUAAGUGCUCCCGACUAGAGGACUAUUGUGCUUUUGCCGAGCAAAAUCCCGUGCGAAGGAGAAACGAGACGAGUAGUGCCAGGGAGGAAAUGUUUGAAAAGACUCGAACCCUUGGAAAUUCAUUGAAGCCACUAGGACCUCCCCCACCCCUGUUAAAACAACCAGCAGUGUACAAGCAUGAACGGGAAAUCCGCUGGGGAAGCCUCCAAAAGCAUUAUACAAAAGACAACACUCCCGAUCCUGCAAUAGACUGGAGAACAUUCAGGAAUAACGGGGGAUGUAAACACAGUGCAGCGACUUCUCCAGGGAACGUGUCGAGAAAUGCGAGGACUCCUGGUGACCAAUUUCAGAGAACAGAGUCGCUUAAAGCUAAACCUCUGUCGCCUUCUUCAAUUGCAAAACAGAAAUUGUUUCCUGCAGAGCCUGUACCAAGACAAAUAGAGAGCCCAGACAAUUCGACAUGCGGAGGUUACGCAUUUGACCACAUGGCAAUGCCGAAAAUCGUGGCAGUGCAUUCUGUAUCACGAGGCUCACAGGAUGAAGACGAAUGGGCGAAAAACAAAGCUUUUAUUUCUCGAGCUAAAGCCAAUCAGAAUAAGCCUUCCUACAGUGGUGCAUCAGUAGAGGAAAGAGGAAAGGGCCAUUCGCAAACAAGAUCUGUUAGAGCGCAAAAUCAGCAAACUAUUGCUCAAGGUCAUCCUCGUUAUCAGGAAACCAACCAAUCUGCUUUUGGUAAUAUGACUAAGAGCUCUUCGGAGGAAGUUACCUUCGAACGUUAUGUGCUCUAUCACCUGCUUUCCAAGUUCCAAGGAAACGUUGAACAGGUCAAACGUGUUUUAAAACAGAACCUGAUGCAAGAGUGGCUGGCCUACUCUCAAGGAAAUGUGGAUCCUAGACAACAAACGUUUGAAGGAGUGAAUUUUUACGAGCUGCGGAAACUCUAUGAAAUUUGGUGUCAGUUGCAAAAAAGCCCAAGAACGAACGCAGUUCGAGGUAGCACUGUACAAACAAUUUCAAAUGCUCAGAACUACAAGUCGAAUCGCGUAGACUCUGAUUCUAGAACAAAUAUUCAACAAAACCCAGAGGUUUGUUAUCGGAACAGUCAAAGUUCUCCAAAUCUUCAGCGAUCGAGGCCAGCUUCGUGUCCUCAAGGAAACAGUCCUUUACAUAGAGCUCGUAGCAUACAUCAAGGGAUUCCUCGGUCCUCUGUGAAUCCAUCUCGAGUUACCCCAAACUCACAGCACAAUGGUAUCGUCCAGGGACCCAUUAGAAGCGGAACAAACAAGGAUAUCCCGAUACAUGUUCAAGAAAAGAUUUAUACUGUUUCACAAAAUUCAGGAAGGAGAGCAAAUCGCCCCGACCCCUACCCUGCACCUGCAGUUUAUCAUAAUCAACACGACACCAACGUAAGACCUGGUAACAUCCACGCACAGUCGUCAACUAGCCAGCGUCAUGCAGCGCUGGCUUUGAACUCUGACAUGUGUAAUGUUAAAUACAAGUCUGAUGAUCAAGUCAAAGCUAAUGAUAUUUUCCUGACACAGCAUGUGCACGAAAACGUUCCAAGGAAUCAAUGCGAAACUUACGGAGAUACUCCACAGAGAAACGUCCUCAAACAAGAAGAGGAAACGACCACGACGAACAUUUCACUCGCAAGUCUUCUUCAGCAUUUCCCACAAACAAUUUCCAAACCAAGUCAAAAUCAGUCUUUGCCUUCGGUUAAUUCACCCUUGUCGCCAUCAAACAACGUUUUACGCAGCAACAUUUCCGUCAAAUCAUACAAUGAAUCUGGCCAGCGUUAUCGGUAUCCAGUGGAAAACGGCGUCCGUCCAGAAUCGCGGGAAAAAGACGCCGUGCACGGCCAAGAAACAAAGGCAAGUUAUCUCUGGCGUUUUAAAGGGGGAAAGUUAAUCAGCGACAACAUGCCAAGUAUCAACAGAGGAGAACGUCUGACUGAAAUCGAGCUUGAUGAUCUGGUAUCUAGUCAACAGAAACAUACUGAAGUAGAGGUUUCUAUGGAGGCAAAACGUGAAGUUCAUACUUCUGGUCAGCAGUCUUAUCACAAAGUAUCAUCCUCGAUAUCACUUCUGGCAAAUGAGCAGAAAUGCAAUACUCAAACAAGUCAGCGGUCUUCUUUAGCAGUCGAUCAGCAACACAAGAAAGUAUGUGGUGCCGCAGCUUCCGGUCAGCGGUGCUACUGCGUUUUAGAUCAGAAAGGCUGUCCACAGAGCACACAGAAAUCAAGUGAUCCUAUUCAGAGCAUGCAGCGCAUGAUAAUCAGAACUUCUCGAAAUUCUCCAGCAGGGAAAAAUACCUCACCAAUUCAAAGUCAAAUUUCAAACGUUAAAAUAAAAACAGAAAGAAGUGUUUCUUCCACUCAUGAUGAGCCUGUGUACCAACGAUCUGAUACAACCGUCCUGGUUUCACCACAGGCCAACCAUCAUUCGAGCGUCCAUGUGUCACAGGGAGGCAAAAAAAUUGAUGCUACCCUUCAUGCACAAGGUAACCAAGCGUCAUGUUCAAGCCUUUGCGUUUCACCUGUUGCACAAACAAGUCAACAAUCGAACGCAACUUUCUACGCUUCACGCAACGCACAGGCAAACCAGCAAUCUCACGGCACUGUUACCAUCGUAAGCAAUCCACAGGCAAACCAACACUCCAGUCGCGUUUCGCCCACUGCACAGAUAAGGCAACAUUCUGACGCCAGCUUACACGGUUCACACAACGAAAGGACAAACCAGCAAUACAAUACGUCAAGGAACGCACAGCUUUCACAACAAUAUAAUGCUUCACUACAUGUUUCACGAAGUAGUAAGGAAAGCGAACAGUCCAAUGGAAACUUACAUGCUCAGACAAACCAGCAAUCCAAUUCAAGCUUCCAUGUUUCACUUAAUGCACAGGCCACCCAACAGCCUCAUGCUAGUUCGAACAACAAUCAGCAAUCAGACGUUUCGCGUAAUACGCAGAAAAACCAACACCAAUCAAAUACAAGUUUCAAGCUUCCUGGUACUGCACGGGGAUGCCAACAAUCAAAUGGUAGCUCCAAAGCUUCGCGUAACUCACCGUCGGGCCAGAAAUCGAACGCGAACCCCGAAAUUUCAAAAGUAGAUAAGAUAGUGCCUAAGGUAGAGAAAAAUACUUCUUGCCAGAAUGGAAAUCGCAAGAAGACUGAAGCUUCGACUGCCAUCAAGUCUGAAAGAACAAACGAUAAAAACUGUAGCUUCCUAACAUCCCUUCCCCCGAAAAAACAAUACACUUCGCUUCAGCAGCUUGCCAAAAAAGUUAUCGAGACUAGGCAGAGAUUUGAGAUGGAAAACAUUCCUUGGAAGAAAAAAAUCUUAAAAUCUCUCGAAGGCGUGUUGAUGAAACGGCUCCGAAAAAUUGAGAAGGAGACUGGGGAACAGGCUGACCUAGAAGGUAGAAAAGGUUUUGAGACUGAAGCAAGUACAAAGGAACAGAAAACUUAGAAAUAGGAGAAAAACUACAAAGACGAAUAAAGUUAAAACAGAAAAAUUACUAGAAUGUUUUAAAAUCACAAUAAUAAAAUAAAC